CCUUUUUUCUUUUUUCUAAUUCUCUUUGUUCCUCUUUCUCCCCCACUCCCGUCUUCCCCUCGAGUUCAAUUCUUCCGACCUCGAGCUGUACGGAUCUCUCGUUUCAUCAUUCGAAUUCCACCAUUUUAGGGUGUAUAGGCGGUUCUAAAUCGAGAUUAGGGUUUCGGGCGUCUGGAAUUUCGGUGGGUUCUCCGGCCGCCGCCGCCGCCUCUCGAUGGGAUCUGGUUUUCUGGAGCUGGCGCUUGAUUCUGUCAGUGGAGUUGUUGAAAGGCGGCAUUUUUGGUAGCCUGGGCGCUGAGUGAGUUGGGCUUGGAAAGUUUGGAUCUUGGGUCUUGUUUCAGUGGGAAAUUUGGAAGUUAGGGUUUUGGGGUGGUUGAUUUGGGGCAAGUUUUGGUGGAGGAGGGGUGUCAGGGGUUUGGAUGGGCUUCUAGGGUUUUCGGUGGUGCUGAGAAAGGAGUAAGAUGUUCUACUCGCAGUUUAUUUUGGCCAAGAAAGGGCCACUUGGAACGAUAUGGAUCGCAGCUCACCUGGAGCGGAAGCUGAGAAAGAAUCAGGUCGCGGAUACUGAUAUUGGUGUCUCAGUAGAUUCUAUUCUUUUCCCUGAAGUUCCAAUUGCACUGCGGUUGUCUAGCCAUCUUCUGCUAGGUGUGGUGAGGAUAUAUUCUCGGAAGGUGAAUUAUCUUUUCCAUGACUGCAGUGAGGCUCUGCUGAAGAUAAAACAGGCAUUUCGGUCAACUGCAGUUGAUCUCCCGCCAGAAGAAUCUACCGCACCAUAUCACUCCAUUACUCUUCCAGAGACCUUUCAUCUGGAUGAUUUUGAGCUGCCCGAUAGUGCAUAUGAGGGCGACUUUGUUGACCGCCAUGUCAGUUCGAAAGAGCAGAUCACACUUCAAGAUACUUUGGAUGGCACAGGAUAUUCGACAUUGCAAUUUGGACUGGAUGAAAGAUUUGGCGAUGGAAAUGCUUCGCAGAUUGGCUUAGAACUUGAUGAGGACUUAUUCUUGGACAAGCAUCCCUCUCAGCAUGCAUCAACUUCACUGGGCUCAGAUAAGUGUGCUAUGCAUCAGGGCCAGUCCUUGUUUUCUCUUGCUGACAUGGAAAUUGAUGAAGGUGAAAGUGGGCUCAAUAAGGAUAAGAGUGUUGAAACUCCAAAUGAUUUGUCUGAACAUUCUGAUAAUCCUGACAAGCAUGUACUUCCAAGAAAUGAUGGCACCUCGCAGUGGCAUGGGUACAAUAUUCAAACUCCUGAUCUUAAUGAAGCAUUUUUUCCAAGGGAUCAUAUCGAAGGCUCCACUGCAAUACCCAGUCAAAUUGAUUUUAUUAGCACUGCUGAUGAAGUUGCAUCCACAGAAUUGAUUGAAUCUGCUCAGGCUCCAUCUACUCCUGGUUUAAUGGAAGAGACAUUUUCAGCUGCUGCACAGGAAAGUCCUGUUCUGAGUCCACAAAGAAAAACUUCACCGGUAACUGGUGAAGAGGCCUUGAAGUCUGAUAAACCUGGCUCACAUUUUGAAUGUCCAGAUUCAACGACUGAAAGUGGUCAUAUACAAGCAGUAACAAUGGACUGUGAGCCGGCUAAUAUUGUGCCACUGACCUCUUUGCCUACUUCAAGUGGGUUUGUAGCUGCAGCUGAUGAGCCUCAUUCAGAAUGUGGACAGAAGAGUGCAGAUAAUAAUGUACAAAAUGAUAUCGUUUGUGAUGAAGUGGAAGAUGUGAUAGUUGCCAGUCAGAUUCAUGAUGAUGGCGAUGCCAUGCUUCCUGAAAAUAUACCGGAAUCAAGUGUGACUUUAACUACCAAAAGCACCUCACGUGAGGGUAAUGCUGAGCCAUCAAUUCUUGGUAAACAGGAUUAUAAAGAAGAUAUUGACCAUUGUCCCAAUAGCAAUGCAUCUGCACUUAAUAUUGAUAGUAAUUCGCAACUGAAUCAAGCCAGUUCUCUGUCUGCAGAAGAUGGAGUUUUAGUAGAAAGCAUCCCUGAGUUUUCUCAACAAGACCUGGGAGGCUGUUCCGGAACUUCACUGAGAAAGGAGGCACUUUAUGUUACUGAAUCUUCUUUUGAUUUGCAAGGUGAAGACUUCAACAUAGCUAAUGCAACAAACACUGAUGUCGAGAUGCACCAGCAGUCAGGACAUGCAUUAUUAGAAUCUGUACCAGGUGUUAGCAAACCAAAUGAACCAUCAACUGGCCCUAUUUCAAAAGAUACGCAACUAGAUCAGUUUAACUGUUCUUCAAGUUCUGAGUUUCCUGAACCUGAAAAAAUGCUGUUAGCCCCAGCUGGCAAUGUUGACCCGGCUAGCGAAUUAGGACAGCUUACUGCAGAAAAGGGGGUAAUAGAGUCUGAUGGAAGUGUCAACAGGAUCAGUAGCCUUUGCGGCAAAAAACGCCGAUUAAUGGAGAGCACACCAGUUUUGCAACAUGGCACUUCCACAAAGAUGUCUGGCAAAUCACGAAUUAGACGGAACACUGAUUACAUUCCUGAUGACGAUGAUUUAUUGGCAUCAAUUUUAGUUGGAAAAAGGACACCAGUCUUGAGGAUAGGGCCGACACCGCCACCCCCCAAAGCAGCUUCUCUAAAACGCCCUAGGUUAACAACCAGACCAGGCAUGCCCAAGAGGAAGGUUUUGCUGGAUGAUACUACAGUCUUACAUGCUGAUGCAAUACGGCAACAACUGAUAAAUGCUGAAGAUAUACGCCGCAUGCGUAAGAAGGCUCCAUGUACUCGUCCUGAAAUUUGGAUGAUUGAGAAAAGUUUAUUAGAAGAUGAAAUUUUCAAUGAAUCUAUAAUUACUGGUGUAUCAGUGGAGUUGAACACCUUACACAAUCGAAGAUAUGAUUCUGAAAUUGAUGAAUCUCAUUCCCGUGCUGACCCAUCAAAAGAGGCUGAGCUUUCUAGAAGCUUAGAGUUUGUUAGAGAAACUAGUGGGAAAGAAAUGGCCGAGUCCAUUCCAGUUAUGCCAAAUAAAGUUGAUGUUGAAACACAGGGACCAUCAGGCACAUCUGUAGCAGUUGAGGCACAGCUUGACAAAGGCUCCAGUGAAUGUGAUGCUCAAGAGCAUUUAGGAUCCCUAACUGAUCUGCCUCAGCCAGAUUUAUCAAACAAUAUCCAAACAUGUGAUAUUACAAUGACGGAAAACAAUAUGCAGGACGAAAAUGCUGAAGUUCACUUGUCUACACCUGCAACAGAUUGUGGAGCUGAAGAUAUUGCAGUUCACAAGAAUGAAGACAUUGCUCCAUCCUCUGAGAAUGAAGAUUUGUGCAUGCAUUCGGAGUGGCAAGCACUGCAUGGGUCAGUACAACCUGCCAGUGAGCUCUCAGAGAUGAACAAUGAAGCAUUACAGACGACUGAAAUCACUUCUGUUAUAGGCUUAGAUCUUGCUGAGGAUGAAACCAGAGAUGCUUCCGUCGUGGCAGGAAAUGGGGGCAUAGCAGCUGCAGGAAACAUAAACUGCCCACAUGAUACUCAUGCUGAUGUUGGUAAGAUUGGACACACAGAGACAUUAGUCUCUAUACAAGAUAGCAGUUUACUUGAAGUUGAGGUAUGUUUACAAACAGACUCGACUACUAUUAGACAUUUGAACUCUACUAUGCUAGAUGUGGCCAUGGAAGGUAGUGAAAUAGCUGACCCUGUUGCUGUAACUUCUCAUCAGACUGUGCAGGGAAAAGACAAUGGUUUAGAUGCUAGAGUAGAAGAUGGAUCUGUGAUGCAGAAAAACUUGCAUAAUGAAGUGAACUCAUUUCAACCAAAUACUGAAAUCGAAAAUGUUCCAUCUGCAGUUGGAGAAAAUUCUGGUUUGCAGGAACUUAAUGCAGAGGGUGGUAUGGAUGUAGAAAGUGCUUCUGUGGAUCUUGCUGCUGCAAAAGAAUGUAGUGAUUUUGGCAGUGCAGUUGGUGGCAAUGAUACAGAGUUUCUUAAUGUAGAUGAUGAAGCCGACUAUGAUGAUGCAGCAGAUCAUGACAUGCCGAAUCCUGAAGAGGCCCAGUCAGUUGAAAACAGCGGCUGGUCCUCCCGGACAAGGGGCGUUGCAAGGUAUUUGAAAAUUUUGUUUGAUGAAGAAUCUGGACGUGGCAGAAAACUUGUUGCCAUGGAUCGCCUUUUAGCUGGUAAAACUCGCAAAGAAGCAUCAAGAAUGUUCUUUGAGACUUUGGUUCUGAAAACAAGGGAUUACAUUCAUGUUGAACAGGACAACCCUUUAGAAUGUAUCAACAUCAAGCCUACAAUAAAGCUUCUGAAGUCAGAGUUCUAAUCCAACAGGCACACAAUAAUAUAAAUAACCUUGUAUUUCUAAUUUAUCGUGAUGCUUGCUCCACCCUUUUCGUUGUUCACUCACCUCGUUUUGAUUUCUACAAAGUUUUUAUUUCCUUUUAUUGUACUGAUCUCGUAGCUUGGGGUGGAGUGGAGUUGGUGCAUGUGUUUGUAUACCAAUUAUAUACUCUGUAUAUAUAUUUGUAAAUUAAAUCAUUUAGUGUUGGUAUUCUGUGAAGUUAACUGGUCUUCAUGUUCCUUCAAUCAGAAAGUUCUUUUGGACC